GACGGCGGGGACAGUCGCGGGAGGCCCAACGGGAGCCACCGACGCCUGCUCAGCCACAGCGCGAGCCGCCACCGCCGGCGCCCCCCGCCGCGGUCGCCGCACCCUCGGUGCCCUCCGUGCAGCCGCAGCCUAGGGCCCGGGAGAGCGCCGAGCUACCGCUGCCCGACGGCUGGGAGGAGGCGCGCGACUACGACGGCCGCGUCUUCUACAUCGACCAUAACACACGCCAGACGUCGUGGAUCGACCCCCGCGACCGGAUAACAAAGCCAUUGACCUUUGCUGAUUGUGUUGGGGACGAACUUCCUUUAGGAUGGGAAACUGUAUAUGAUAAAAAAAUCGGAAUUUAUUAUAUGGACCACAUAAAUAAGCUUACUCAGAUUGAAGAUCCACGAGAGCAGUGGAGGCGAGAACAGGAACGGAUGCUGAAGGAGUAUUUAAUUGUAGCCCAGGAGGCUCUCAAUGCCAAGAAAGAAAUCUACCAGAUCAAACAGCAGCGGUUCGAGCUGGCUCAGGAGGAAUAUCAGCAGCUGCACAAAUUGUGUGAGGAUGAUGGUCGCUCGUACACCAGCUCCUUCUCUGGAUAUUCAACUAAUACAAAGUAUGAUCCACACCAGAUUAAAGCAGAAAUAGCAAGCCGUCGGGAUAGGCUUUCCAGAUUAAAACGAGAGCUGACCCAGAUGAAGCAGGAGCUACAGUACAAAGAAAAGGGUGUGGAGACUCUACAAGAAAUUGAUCGGAAAAUGUCAAGUGCACAUACCAGCUACAAACUGGAUGAAGCCCAGGCUAUAAUGAAUGAACUGCGUACCAUUAAGAAAGCCAUUUGUACGGGCGAGAAGGAGAGGCGGGAUCUGAUGCAGAGCCUAGCCAAGCUUACUGACAGCUUCAAGAAUAGCUGCUCCAUUACGGACACCUUGCAAGAUUUCUCUCACAGCACAGGCGCACUUGGUGACUCUGGCGUCCCUCAGCAGUUCUGCGAUACUGGCUCUCAGACUGACACCAUAGGGGAGUUUCUCUUCGAUGAUAAAACAAGACUUGUAGACCGAGUCAGACUCAACUGGCAAUAUGAAGAAGCCCGAAAGAGAGUCUCCAAUAUUCAGCAGCAGCUCGCCCAGCUGGCUAAUGAGUCAUGGCCAGGCAUGGCCGAGGCUGACAGGGACCGGCUGCAGCUCAUCAAAGAGAAGGAGGCCCUAUUGCAAGAACUGCAGCUUAUUAUUCAGCAACGGAGGUCAGGAGAAGACGUGGCUCGGCUGGAGGAGGAGAGGAGGCGCCUGGAGGAAGAGAUCCAGUGCGCCCGGGCCACAUCUGUGCAGGGUGCCACAGAAAGAAUUCUACUUCAGGAAAAAAGAAAUUGUCUACUUAUGCAGCUGGAAGAAGCUACACGCUUAACAUCGUAUCUCCAGUCACAGUUAAAAAGCCUGUCUGCCAGCACCCUGACCGUGUCUUCUGGGAGCAGCCGUGGGUCCUUGGCUUCUAGCCGGGGCUCACUGGCAUCCAGCCGUGGCUCCCUCAGCUCUAUCAGCUUCACUGACAUCUAUGGUCUCCCACAGUAUGAGAAGACCGAUGCGGAGUGUGGCCAGCUUCUGCGCUUUGAUCUGAUCCCCUUUGACUCCCUGGGGCGUGACAUCUCCUUCACAGACCCACAGGGCCACUUGGGCUUCCACAAGCAGAGGAGGUCCCUGGAUACACCCCAGUCUCUGGCCUCACUCUCCUCCCGCUCCUCCCUGUCCUCUCUGUCACCACCCAGCUCACCGUUAGACACUCCCUUCCUCCCGGCUUCAAGGGAUUCACCCCUGGCACAAUUGACUGAUGGCUUUGAGGUGCCAGGCCUGGGCGCCCUGGAUAGACUGCGGGCACAGGCCUCUGCUUUGGGAGAUGAAGAUUUACAGGGGACUGCGAUACUUCAGCCCCAUGGACUCCCUGGGGAAGGAGAAGGACCCCGUGAGCGGGCACUGCAACUUGCUGCUCCCACCAGUGGAACAGUGACUCUCCGGGAAGACAGUGCCAAGAGGUUGGAGAGAAGAGCUCGCCGUGUCUCUGCAUGCCUGUCGGAUUACUCACUAGCCAGUGACAGCGGGGUGUUUGAACCUCUAACUAAAAGGAGUGAAGAUGCUGAAGAGUCUGCUUUUGGAGACACAUGUGGAAACAGCGACCCCCAGAUCUAUGUGGGAUUUCUGCAUGACAGUACCAAUGAAUGUCUCCUCGUACACGUGCUACAACUGAGGAACCUUGCUGGGCUGGUGAUGAAGGAAGACUGCAAAAUCCACAUCCGCGUCUACUUACCCCCGCUGGAUUCUGGCACUCCAAACACCUACUGCUCCAAGUCUCUGGAGUUCCAAGCCCCACUGGUGUUCAAUGAAGUAUUCAGAAUCCCUGUGCAUUCCAGCAUGUUGACGUUGAAAUCACUUCAGUUAUACGUGUGUUCAGUGAAUCCGCAGCUACAGGAAGAACUGCUGGGCAUUGCUCAGAUAAACUUGGCCGACUGUGAGAAUUCAAGCGACAUGCAGCUGCACUGGUACACUGUGCAGGUCUUCGCCAGCCCUGAGCCACCUAAGUUGAGAGAGACUGUGCGGGUGGUGGAGAGUGCCACGCGGGACACCAUGCAUGCCGCCUCGGGGAAGACGGAUGCAGUGACAGUGCUGUUGGCCAGAACCACGGCACAGCUGCGAGCUGUGGAGAGAGAGCUGGCUGAGGAGCAAGUGAAGCUUGAGUAUACUGAGGAGGAGAUCCUGGAAAUGGAGCGUAAGGAAGAACAGGGCGAGGCUGUGUCUGAGAGGAGUUGGCAGGCUGACUCGGUUGAUAGUGGCUGUAGCAACUGCACCCAGACCAGCCCCCACUACCCAGACCCCUGUUGUGCUGCUGUGGAUUCCAUUCAUGGUCAUGUCUUUACUGGCCAGGCAGAUCCUUACAGUCCUGAGAAACUUCAACCCCUGCUUCUUAAGGUUGACAAAGAGACCACCACAGAAGACCUCUUCCUGGAGGAAACGGUGAGCGUCCGCAAAGAGCGGCCCAGCCGCAGGGCCCGGGGCUCGCCUUUCGUUCGCAGCAGCACCAUAGUGCGCUCACAAACCUUCUCACCUGGAGCAAGGAGCCAGUAUGUUUGCAGGCUUUAUCGUAGUGACAGCGACAGUUCAACACUGCCCCGGAAGUCCCCCUUUGUCAGAAAUACUUUGGAAAGACGAACCCUUCGCUAUAAACAGUCCUGCAGGUCUUCCCUGGCGGAGCUCAUGGCCCGCACCUCUCUGGACCUGGAGCUGGACCUCCAGGCAUCGAGGACUCGGCAGCGGCAACUGAACGAGGAGAUAGGCACCCUCCGAGAGCUGAGGCAGCGUCUAGAAGAUGCCCAGCUGCGGGGCCAGACUGACCUCCCACACUGGGUGCUUCGGGAUGAGCGGUUCCGCAGCCUACUAAAGGAAGCUGAGCGCCAGACAAGACAGACCAAACUUGACUACCACCAAGAACAAGUGGCGGAGAAGAUGCUGAAGAAAGCCUCCAAAGAGAUCUACCAGCUGCGUGGGCAGAACCACAAGGAGCCCAUCCAAGUGCAGACCUUUAGGGAGAAGAUAGCCUUUUUUACAAGACCAAGGAUUAACAUACCUCCUCUCCCAGCUGACGACGUUUGAUGUAGUGCAUUGUGCACAUGAAGUAUUUAUCUGCCUGUUUUAUUUUCAUGAAGUUCUUAGAUUAGCUAAAUUUGUCUUUAAAAUAUUUGUGCAAAGCUAUUAAUAUACACAUUUUGUAAAAAACAUAUAUCUAUACAUAUAUAUUUUAUAAUAGUGACGGCAACAGGGCUUGGUUCUUCCUUGUUGUGAAAUUGACAUCUCUGAAGACAGGUUAUUUUAUAAAAGAUCAACUAUCAUGUUAAGAGUGUACAGUUUUUACGCUGUUUUAUUUGACUUAAAGGCUGGAAGACAGAAACGAAGUGAGUUCAGGCAAAUUCACUGUAUUGUAAUUUAUUUAUAGUACUUUUUUUCCUUGAAGGAAAAUACUGACUUUAAGAUGUAUUUUAAGACUGAAAUUUUGUUCUUCAGUAUUUGUCAUGCAGUAGAAUGGAACUUGGGGCUGGUUUUGUUUCUGACACCCGAAACGCAAACACUAUGUGCUGAACUUGUCAUGUGUAUCAGUUUCUCAUAGGUGCAUUUACCAUGUAUAUUGUACACUUUCACUCUCUGUAUGUUAUGUUAAAAUAUCAGCUGGGGUGGCUGAGUCAUACUCUGCAAGCCGUGUAUGCAUUGCAGGGUUCAGUAUCCUGUGUGUCGUGGGCACUGACGACCCCUCAUUGCUGUGUUGUCGUCUAAUGCAUCUUUUUGUGCUUCCCACAAGUCUGAAGCUGGCGACAGAACCUCCGGCUUCCCAGGUUUCAACCUGCCUAUACACCUGUGGCUGGUGACGGUCCACACUACCUGCAUUUGUCAAAGCAUAUGCAGACAUCUUUGCCACUCCUGGCAGAACUGAUAGACAGCAGGGUGGAAGGACUCUUCCGCUGUUUCAUGAAGGAAAGUAAAAAGGGUGAAUAGAGCAGAUACGAAUGCAGAGGCAUAACCUUUGAAGGUGCUGUGUUUGUGUGUGUUUGUGUGUGUUUGUGUGUGUUUGUGUGUGUGUGUGUGUAUGUGUGUGUGUGUGUGUGUGUGUGUGUGUGUGUGUAGAAAAGGGCACGCAGGUAACUUGGAUUACCAAGCAAGUCAGAGCAGGAGAAUAUUUGAGUGAAAUCAGAAUGUCACCCUCAUAUUGGAGUCUACCUAAUAUCCCUCAUGGAAUCUUAGAGCUAGCUCAUGAGGAAGAGAAAAAAUGGAAUAAAAAUAUGCCAGGAUUAUUUUAAACAAUUUGGUUUGCCUGUCGCACACUUAUUGAUGUGAAAUGUGCUCUCCUUUCUGAGGCCUUGAAUGAAUAAAUGAAGUAAUCAUAGGGCAUGCCAAAGAAAACAGAACUCUCUUCCUAGAUCUAGCUUCCCCUCCCUCAGAAAUGCCCCUUUUAAUUAGGUCUCUUUUCUCAUUAGUCUGUAACCUCCUUGUAUAACCCACUUUCAUUAUGUGAUUUUUUAAAAAAAAUUAAUUUUGUAAAAGCAUUUCAUUGACAUACGACCAAUCACAGACAAUGGAAUUUGUCAGUGGUGGUAAGACUGAAAACCUUAUCUUUUUCACAGUUGUCAUCUCUUGCUAUGUAUUCCUGCUUUUAGCCUUGUUUUUUUUUUUCUUGCUUUUUUUCCCCAAUUCCUUUUUGUACAGAACCUAUAAUAGAGGCGGAGACCCAAGGCGACAGUCUUUCGAGCACUGCUAGUAGCAAGCAUCAUUGCUGAGUGGACCUUCUCACUGUGCCCGCAGGCCAUUGGGACCUUUACCCCUAGCCAGAGUCAACUGUGGCUGACACUGCCUCAUAGAUACAGCUCUCCCCAGGCCACUUUUCUAAGUAGGUUGAGAUAGCUUUUCUGCCAGCCAAUAUUAGGUAACAGUUGAGGAAAACCCACUAUGCCAAUACAAAAAGCCCUAGGCAUAUUUUCCAAAAAUAUUACUGGCCACCCUAUACCAAUUUUCUGUGUGGAGUGUUGUCCUCCUACCCUUAUCCCACAGGAAGGGCAACCCCUGCUUUGGGGUCAGUCUGAGGAGGGGCAUGUGCCUCUGGCACCUUUUCGUAUUAACAUUUCCCUAUCAUCCCUCCUUGCAGCACGUGGAAAGUUGAGUAUAUGAAAGUAUAUCAUGUGGGCUGCUUGCUGCUGGAGCAGGCAGGGCAGCCCACACCCUCUCUUGCUGUAUACACAAUGAUCUGGCUUGGCAGCUGGUGGCUUCUUAAAACUACUGUGCCCAGAAAAUAUUGCCCAUUUUGGACACAUUUAAAUCCUGUGGGCUUUACGGCAUAAAAGUUUCGAUCUACUGUGUAAGUUUGUCUAUAUGUCUGGCCUGGUGAGAAAAACAAAAACCUGUGAUCUCUGAGCUGUUCUGGUCCUUCAGAGGUCUGAAUUCUGCCAUCAGGGUCUCUGAAAGAGCACUAUGUGUAAAAGGGAAUUGGGUUUUUUGCUUUAUCUAAUCACUGCAUUGUCAGGCUUUGGUGAUUAUUGCUGAAAUAAAUAAUCUUCUGUUGUGGAAAUAAGUUAUAAUCAGUAUUCAUCUCUGUUUUUGUCACUGUUCUCUAGGAUUGUGUCAUUUUUAUCAUUUGAAAGGAUUUCUUCUAUAAAAUUAAACUAACCUG